UGACACUUAAAAGCCAACUUGAGGAGGCAAGAGGAGACACGUCUCCGGGAGAGCACUGGCAGAGAGCAGAAUUGGACAUCGUCCGGCAGGAUGAAGUCUGUUGCAAAUCUUCUGUUGGCACUUGUUCUGAUCUCAACACUUGGCCAAGGGCUCUCAGAAUCAGAAUCUCUCCUUUAUCCAUACGGACCAUCGGAGGGUGACCAAACUACUCCGGUGGAAGAUGAUGGAGCAUCUGCUGAAAUUCCUAUUUCAGUUCCUUUUAAAUUCUUUAGUAAGGAAUACAAUUCUCUGUUUGUAAAUAACAAUGGAGUGAUUUCCUUUAAGACAGCAGUUUCGCAAUACACACCAGAUGCUUUCCCAUUGACCAAUGGGCAAACAUUUGUGACACCAUUUUGGGGAGAUGUAGACAAUAGGUUGGCCGGCAAAGUGUAUUACAGACAGAGCACAAAGCCCGAUCUGUUGAAGAGUAUCACAGACGACAUGGAGAAACAUUUACCUAGUCAGCAUUUCACUGCAACUUGGGCGUUUAUAGCUACCUGGGACAAAGUGGCCUACUAUGCAUCGGAAUCUGAAAAGGUAAACACAUUCCAAGCUGCCCUCACAACUGAUGGGUUGAGAUUCUUCAUCAUCCUGAACUAUGGUGACAUCCAGUGGACAACCGGCAAAGCCAGUGGUGGUAAUCCCCUUACAGGCUUGGGAGGAAUUCCAGCUCAGGCUGGAUUCAAUAGUGGUGAUGAAACUCACUACUUCAAUAUCCCUGGGUCCAGAACUGGUGAAAUACUCAACAUCAAGUCAACCUCUAAUGUCAACUAUCCAGGUCGAUGGAUCUUUAGAGUCGAUGAUUUUCAAGUUCCCGGAGGCUGCUUGUUCAAAUCAAGUUUUGCCAAAGAAGGUGAAGAGUUUUGGACAGAUUCCACCUGCACCACCAAGUGUCUGUGUAAAGCUAACGGGGACGUUCCUUGCUCUGAUGAAUCGUGCUCUGCGUCUGCCGCCUGUGUACCCUCAGGGUCCUUCUUCAAGUGCAAAGAAAAAGAGAAAGUUUGCUUUUAAAACCGUUUUAUUCUUCUAAACUACUAAAUCUAUCAGACAUUAUGCUCCUCCUAGAUCCACCACCAAUCUCCGCAGGUUUAGACACUAAACACCACGUAGUGUCCAUCAUGGAAAUAAAACCCCAGAUCUGUGUCCUGAGAUGAAAUAUGUUGUCCUAUCUCACGUAGACUAAGCAUAUCCCACACCCAUAUAAUAUGUAUAGAGAAUGGACCAUUCGUUCCCACCACUCAGACCAUGAUCUAUCAGACAAUACAUUGCGGUAUUAGAAGACAAUACAAGAGUUUAUAUUGUUCCAGUGAUUCUAUAUAACUAGAUU